UUCGGAGCGGCAGGGAGGGUUCCGGUGAGGUUCCUUCCCUGUUUGUGCUCUCCUCGCCGGUCCGCGAGCACGCGCGCACCCGCCCCACAGCUCCCCCCGCACGCACGCACACUUGGGCACUUCCCUGCCUCGCCUUGUCCUGGUGGGCUCGCGCCCGGCCGCCCCACGCUCCGGCUGCUCGCGGGCUCACCGUCCGGGGCUGCGCCCGGUGGGGGAGGGGUGGGCUCGCACGGCCGCCGCGGCGGAGCGCUCCUCCCCUCCCCCGGCGUUCCGAGGCCCGGGCGGCUCUGCCCAAUGAGGAGCGGCGUUGCUGGCAGAUGUUCUCAAACAGUGAUGAAGCAGUAAUCAACAAAAAACUUCCCAAAGAACUUCUACUAAGGAUAUUUUCUUUCCUGGAUGUUGUUACCUUGUGUCGCUGUGCUCAGGUCUCCAGGGCCUGGAAUGUCCUAGCUCUGGACGGCAGUAACUGGCAACGAAUUGACCUGUUUGAUUUCCAGCGGGAUAUUGAGGGCCGAGUAGUGGAAAAUAUCUCAAAACGAUGUGGAGGCUUUUUACGAAAGUUGAGUCUUCGUGGGUGUCUUGGAGUAGGAGACAAUGCAUUAAGGACAUUUGCACAAAAUUGUAGGAAUAUUGAAGUACUGAAUCUAAAUGGGUGUACAAAGACAACAGAUGCUACCUGUACUAGCCUUAGCAAGUUCUGCUCCAAACUCAGGCACCUCGACUUGGCUUCCUGUACAUCAAUAACAAACAUGUCUCUCAAAGCUCUGAGUGAGGGGUGUCCACUGUUGGAGCAGUUGAACAUUUCCUGGUGUGACCAAGUAACCAAGGAUGGCAUUCAAGCACUAGUGAGAGGCUGUGGGGGUCUCAAGGCCUUAUUCUUAAAAGGCUGCACACAGCUAGAAGAUGAAGCUCUCAAGUACAUAGGUGCACACUGCCCUGAGCUGGUGACUCUGAAUUUGCAAACUUGCUUACAAAUCACAGAUGAAGGCCUCAUCACCAUAUGCAGAGGUUGUCAUAAGUUGCAGUCCCUCUGUGCCUCUGGGUGCUCCAAUAUCACAGAUGCCAUCCUGAAUGCUCUAGGUCAGAACUGCCCUCGGCUUAGAAUAUUAGAAGUGGCCAGAUGUUCUCAGUUAACAGAUGUGGGCUUCACUACUCUGGCCAGGAACUGCCAUGAGCUUGAAAAGAUGGACCUAGAAGAAUGUGUUCAGAUCACAGACAGUACAUUGAUCCAGCUCUCUAUACACUGUCCUCGGCUUCAAGUGUUGAGUCUUUCUCACUGCGAGCUGAUCACAGACGAUGGCAUCCGUCACCUAGGCAAUGGGGCCUGUGCCCAUGACCAGCUGGAGGUGAUUGAGCUGGACAACUGCCCGCUGAUCACUGACGCAUCCCUGGAACACUUGAAGAGCUGUCAUAGCCUUGAGCGGAUAGAACUCUAUGACUGCCAGCAAAUCACUCGGGCUGGAAUCAAGAGACUCAGGACCCAUUUACCCAAUAUUAAAGUCCACGCCUACUUCGCACCUGUCACUCCACCCCCAUCAGUAGGGGGCAGCAGACAGCGCUUCUGCAGGUGCUGCAUCAUCCUAUGACAAUGGAGGUGGUCAACCUUGGUGACUGAGUAUUUAAUGACACUUCUAGACUUACCAUGGAGUCUCUCCAGUGGAAGCAACCCCAGCAUUCUGGGCAAGGGUUACAAAGCGAGGGCAGCGUCCAGAUCCCCAGAGCCACACAUUCACAGGGACUCGCCCUCACCCCCAUCUGCUGCAGUUCUGUGACCAUGGCACUGAAGUUCAUACUGGCUGUAACAAGUGGAUUGGUAAAACUUAACCAUUCCUGUUGGACAUGCCCAGAAGAAAUCUUAGGCCGUGAUAGAGGGAGGGGACAUUCCAGCAAAACCCAGUGUUACUGCUACUAUGGUUUCUUUAUUUUAUUAAGGGGUUUCUGUGGGGAUUUUGAAGCAGUAACUGCAAUCUUCCAGAGUGAAAAGUAGCAUGGAGAAAAUACAUGAUGUAUCCAGGGACCAGAAAAAAUUUCUUUGCAUCCAGAAAUGGUAUCUAUCCAUUGGGAGAUGCUUACACAACUUCUGUGCUUCCUUGUUUCCAUGCCAACAUGCUGAGCAUGCUCACAAAGAAGGCUUGUCCAUUCAUCUGAUGUUUUAAUAUUUGGCCCAGAGGUUUCCUUAGCAGCUAUAUUGAAAUUGCUGGGGUCCAAAUAUGAUUACUGUUACUUAUCUGCUCAGUUGUCACUCUGUCACUGUGCACCCAUCUCCCAUUCUCUUACUCACUGCUGCACUCUGGCUCAGCCUGUUCCCAGUCGUAGUCUGCUGCUCACACUCAGUUGUUACUCCUUCACUGUUGUGUUUACAGUUUGCAUUUUGGAUGAUUAGUUGGGAUUACCAAACAUUUUUAAAAGAAACAUCAAUAAAUAUUUUUUUAAUCUAAAUUUCACCAUUAGGGGACCCUGCCUGAGUCUUUACCAGUCUGGAAACUGUAACAGAAGCAGGAAAGUUAGGGUGAGAAAGAGUUGAGUCAUUUUGGUGGAAAGAAGCUUUGCCUUUUGGUUUUCUUGUAUCUUUUGCUGUACUCUCAUUUGCACGGUGUGCUCAGUGUCCCCUGCACAUUCCCUCUUCUAAACUGUGAGAAGUCAUUAUUAGUAUGAAGUGGAUGGCAAGUCCCAAACCCCAAACUAAGCCCAGACGUCCCCACUGCCCAAGUUCAAGCACAAAGGCCCUGCCUUGUCCUGUACUGACAGGAACGUGCUGUGAUCUCUGCCUGUCUGCGGAGUUACUUGAGUUACUUGCUUCACAGCAGUUGCUUGGGGGUGGGGGAAUGGUUAGUUUAUUGAGCCCCACCCCCAUCUUAUCCCAUCAGGGGUACAGGAAGAGCCCUGUAACAGCCAGAUGCCUGUGUCAGUGUUAGCAGGAUUGUGUCAAAUGUUGGCACCUCAGAAGACCAGAACAUAACAGUGCUCAUGUACUCUCUCUCUCUCUCAAUCUCUCUCUGUCUCUGUCUCUGUCUGACUCUGUCUCUGUCUGUCUGUCUCUCUCUCUCUUUCUCUCUCUCUCUCCUUCCUAUGAGUGGGGUAUGAAAUCAGACAGACGGACAGGCGGGAGUCCUGAGAGGGAGUAAGGGGCUCAGUAUCUAUAUCAAGCCUGGAACCUGUCCCAUCCCAUCCCCCACCACCCCACCCAAGAGGAAAAAAGGUUAGUACCUAUGGCUCAAAGUCAAGCCUCUUCAAAAAACCCCACAGAAAAUGUGAGAUUGAGUUUAAAGUAUGUUUGUUUCUGAACUUGGAUGUUGGAGGCCAUGUGUGAUGUUUAAUAGGGUGUUGGGGUAAAGGCUUUUAGGAUGUUGAUGUGCAAGCCAGUAUGAUCCCUGGAUGCUAAAAGGGCUGUUUUAGUGCUAUAGGUACUGGUUCUACCAGAAUAUAUAAGAAUAAAGUCUGAUUUAUUUCUCCAUUAAUGUAGAAAACAAUCAGAUGAAAGGUCCUAGAGUUCUAUACUACCAGAUUUAUUUAUCAUAUUAAACUUAUUUAAAAUCUU